GUGGGCCGGCGGCCAGCAGCAGCUGCAGGAAUGCACUUUGCGGUCGGUGAAGCAAUCCGGCAGCGCGAUGGAGCAGAUAGGGGAGCAAGGAGGAGGGAAGGGCAGCUUCAAACCUUCCCCCAUCCUCCCCGUCCCUCCAGCCGAGGGAACGAUCCGCCGAGCGCAGCGGGACAGCGCGCACCGAGCGCUGCCGUCGGGGGGAGCUCGGAACCGGGCACCGCGGGGCCGGGGGCCUCGUAGCUCCGCCCCGGGGCCGUCGGGGAGUCCGCGCCCAUUUCCGCCGGCUCGGAGCCCGGCCCCUCGGCCGAACUGGGCGCUACGAACCGCCAGCUCCGCCGCCACCACCGCCACCGCCACCAGGAUGACGGGAGAGGCGGCUGCGCUGGCGCUGGGCAUGCUGGUGGCUGUGUGCCAUGCCCUGGAGAACACAACGUCAGCGCUGAGCGAUCCCCCAGUGGCAGCGGCUGUGCGGUCACACUUCAAUGAGUGCCCCGACUCCCACCGGCAGUUCUGCUUCCAUGGGACGUGCCGCUUCCUGGUGCAGGAGGACAAGCCGGCGUGUGUGUGCCACUCAGGCUACGUGGGGACGCGCUGUGAGCACGCCGACCUGCUGGCCGUGGUGGCCGCCAACCAGAAGAAGCAGACGAUCACCGCGCUGCUGGUGGUGGCCGUGGUGGCCUCAGCGGUGCUCAUCGCCGCCUGCGUGCUCGUCCACUGCUGCCGGCUGCGGAAGCGCUGCGGGUGCUGCCGGGUGCCGCUCUGCGGGCAGGAGAAGCCAUCGGGGCUGCUGAAGGGAGGAGCGUCCUGCUGCCAUACUGAGAGUGUUGUCUGACGGAGCCAACGCUUCCCAGUGGGACCCGGGGACAGACACCGCUUCUCCUUUGGUUUCCCCUUUUCUCCCUUUUAUUUUUCCCUCUUACUUUUGUCCUCCCCUCCUUUUCCGGGGAACACCAAUGGGGGAAGCACCCCAAUGGCUGCAGCACUCCCAGCACCGCUCCCAGUGCUCCCAGUACUCCCAGUCUGUCCGACAAUCCACCUCCCACCACCACAACUUUCAGCCCAGACUGCUGGAAAUGGAAGGGGGAGGAAACACCCCCAAAUCCCCCCCUGCUGCCGCCUCUGGGAAGCAUCACUGCUGGUGGUUGGGCUUAUUUUUUGCUCAGAUACUUCCAGUUUUUUCUCCCUCCUCUUCCCCCUUUUCUCCUCCUUUCCUCCCUUCUUUCUCCCCCCUUCCCCUCUUUCUUUCUCCCCAUUCCCCCCUUCUUUCUCCC